UGCGCGCGUGGGUAGUUUUUUCAUGUUUCUUUACGAAUAAUAAACGUAAAGAUUUGAUACGAUACGUGAAAGAGUUUGGUAGGGUAUGAAACGUUUUCAGACUGGAAAAAGCCUUUGACAACGACUCUUCUCUGUGUUGUAAAGUGUAUUCGAGUGGAUGUGAUCAUUAAGAAAUCAAUGGAUCAGCAAACUGUAUCCAAGACAUCACACAGAACAACACAGAACAGAAAACAACAGAACGCUCUACAAUGACGAAUCUGAACUGUUCUGGGUGUCACCAGAGACGAACGGCCCCUCAACAUGCAGACAGUAGGAAUGAGCUGGUCAGAGCGCCGAUGCACUCCAGGGUUAAUGGCUGGUCAUUGCCGCUCCAUGGUUUCCAGCUGAUCACAUGGCUCAUGUACAGCUUCAUGGCCAUCGUAGGAUUCGGGAUUUAUAUUCCUCUUCUGCCAUCGCCAUGGAGAUUUGCAGCGUACGGUUUGAUUGGCGCAGCUUUUGUCCUACAUUUGUUCACUCAUGUGGCGGCCGUAACAAUCGACCCUGCUGAUCUCAGCGUUCGCACCAGGAAGGAUUACUCCAGCCCAAUGCGUGUGUUUGACAACACCAAACAUCAACACGUCAUCGACAAUCUGCACUGCAGCUUGUGCGAGGUGGACGUGGGACCUAAAGCCAAACACUGCAGUACCUGCAACAAAUGCAUUGCAGACUUUGAUCAUCAUUGUAAAUGGCUGAACAAUUGUGUUGGAGGGAGGAACUACCGGCUGUUUUUCAUAACCAUCUCAUCUGCUGUUUGUGGAAUGUUUCUCCUCACUCUUGUGGUGUUGUUUGUCUUCAUUGGUCAUUAUGUGAAUCCAGCUGUUCUGCGCACUGCACCACAGUUUCAGACUGUUAAAGGAAACGGAACAUGGCUCGUUUUCCUACCGGCAGCUCCGUUAGAGACCAGCUCCAUUAGUCUAGCCUUUGGCCAUUGGAAAUGCCUGUCGACUGUGACGCUCCGUUGUCCAGCAGGUCUUGGUGAACCUACGAUAUCACUUCCUGUGGGCUGGAACCUCAGCAGGAUCGAGAAGCCUCAAGCCCCAGGACAGAAUAACGUGAAGUCUGAGGGAAUUCCCAUUGUACAAGAUCCACUCGGGAGUUCAAUCAUGGAUGCAACGGUGGUUCAUCAACAGCUGAUCACAGACACUCAACCGGAGGCCAUGUAUCCUCUGUAUUUAGGGUUUAAAGAGCGAAUGCCAUAGGUCAGGGGUGUCAAACUCAGUUCCUGGAGGGCCGCAUACCUGCAGAGUUUAGUUCCAGCCCUGCUCCAAAAUGUCUCCUUGUAAUCUUCAAGUACUACUGAAGACCUUGAUUAGCUGCUUCAGGUGUGUUUAAUUAGGGUUGGAGCUAAACUCUGCUGGACUGUGGCCCUCCAGGAACCGAGUUUGACACUCCUGCCAUAGGUCAUCAUGUGACAGCUGGAGGAUAUGACAUCAUGAAUGUCCAGACAGUGUUGAGGAGCACAGAGCCUUUCUGUGAUCGGAAUUGCAUACUAACAUACUCUUACUAUUACUGCAGUAUACUGCACACAACAUGGAAUAAGCAUGAACUACACAGAUUCUAC